CGCGCGGCGGGAGCUCUGAGGUCGCGGGACUAGCGGGCGAGUCAGUACCUCAAGCGGACUUCGUUCGAGGUCGGCGCCCUCCCUUUUCAGAGAGCACUUCUUAGUGGGUAUUCUGGCGGGGGCCAUCUUUCUGAGGCCUCCAAGGACCCCUAAUCAGUGUGUCAGACACAGCCUGACCGAGCCUGGGAGCCACCUGGCGCUGGGUAAAUAUGAGUCAUGUAACUGAGAUUGUGCAGCUCCCCAGAGCCUUGAUUGAAUUUUGGCAUCUGGGCACAUGGACAGAAAGAUGCCAGCAGGACAUCAUUUGGGAGCAAUGAGUUUAAAACCCUUUACCUACCCAUUUCCAGAGACAAGAUUUCUUCAUGCAGGAUCCAAUGUGUAUAAAUUCAAAAUCAGAUACGGGAACAGUAUCAGAGGAGAAGAGAUAGAAGAUAAGGCAGUCAUCAUCCAGGAGCUGGAGGAUUCUGUCCGUGUGGUCUUGGGAAACUUGGACAAUCUUCAGCCCUUUGCUACAGAACACUUCAUUGUAUUUCCCUAUAAAAGCAAAUGGGAGAGAGUUUCCCACCUGAAAUUCAAACAUGGGGAAAUUAUCUUGAUCCCCUACCCAUUUGUUUUUACUCUAUACGUGGAGAUGAAAUGGUUCCAUGAAAACCUGUCACCUGGGAAACCACUAAAUGACAGUCCUCUUGGGUUGUUCCCAGCUGAGAAGAAAGCAGUAGGAGCUGUGAUGAAACGAAAACACGUGGAUGAGCCCAGCUCCCCCAGCAGGCCAGGGCUGGACAGGGUCAACAUAGGGCCUUCCAGUCAAGGCCCCAGCGAAAAGAAGCCCCCUGUGGAAACCAGAAGAAACAGGGAAAGAAAAACCCACCAAGGAUUGCAGGAGACUCUGGCCUCUGAUAUCUCUGAUGUCCAGAAACAAAAUUCUGAGUGGGGACACAGCCUGCCAGGGCCAACUGUCCCACUGCUGCAGCACAACUCAUCACCUAAGGAGCAAGGAGGCAGUGGCUUCAUUGAGUUUGUAAGCUCUCUCUUCCCGAUUCGAUAUUUCUUCAGGAAGAGCAGCCACUCUUGAGCCUUCCAAAUGCAGCGCUGGAAAGAGGAUCAUCUCUUGCAAUGACUCUUCCUGAGCCAUUCUUCCUCCAACUCUAUCCUUUUCUUAUGACACUUCAGUCGUAGGGAAUGAGGUCCCCAUAUUGAGUCCUCUGUGGGUUUAUCCUGUCCUUUGCCCCUUUAUAAUAUAUUUUGUUUCCCAAUUUAAAACAUUAAGAAAAGAAUGGAACUUUCUAAAAUGUUCAUGUCCUGAGGGCCAGUUUAGGCCUUUUGUCUUCAGCACUUAGAAUCCUAAUGACAAUAAAUUAUUUAUGAAGAGUUA